AUGGCGCAUCCGCAAAUGCAUACGCAUACCCGUGGAGACGCAGCUUUUACAGAAUCUCCACCUGCAUACCAGAGUAUACUGCCUCUGGCGGCGAGCGGGACCUUCGUCCCCGCGGUCUACAUGCAGCAUGACCUUCCUGUGAGCUACGCGCCGAUACAACAGAGUAUACCGCUCCCAUCUGCGGUUCCCGUCAUGGCAAUGAAUGAGACGCAGUACUCGCUCUUUAGCGAGCAUUCUAUGCAGCAGUUUCACAGCCAAGGGCUCGGAGGAUUUUGGAAUGCAGGCUUCAUCCCGAUCACCGAUCACCGCGAAGAGUCCGGACAGGGGGCUGAGCAAUGGUUAUGA